AUAUUCGUCUGAAUGAAAGCGACACAUGUCAUGAGUACUAGCACGAUAUGGACGAUAGAUUUGCAUUUUUUUAUGGAGACCAUAAUUAAGUACUAAACUAUGUAUUACAGCAAGCCUAUGGGGUUUCAUAGGAUGUCCAGGACCAUAAUGAAAAUUUCCGACGUCUGGAUUAUAAAAAAAUCAUAAGUGGUUCGUUGAAUAAGAAUAUUUGGAAAAUAUGCGACCAGAUUCACGCAGCGUUUCAUUUACAUUUCACCGGGAAAUUCUGAAUAUCAACAAUUCACCGGAGAUUACAAAAAAGAUAAGACGACGUCUUCAAGAUCGUUUUGAGAAAGAAAAAUCUGAAGAUUCCUGUAAAGGAAAGAUGCCAAAGGAAAAACAAACAAGUGAUCGUACUUGGAACAAUUUAACUCUGGGAAAUGUGUCAGCAGAUUCUAGACGUGCUCUGCGAAGUGGAGCUGAGAAAUUAUCCAAAACCAUAUCUUCCGUACGCAUAACUUUUGGAACUAUUUCACAGAAAUUCAAAAGUUCUACACGAAGACGUCAAAGAUUGGAGGAGCAACAAUCUCCUAACAGUAUUUGUAAAAUGCAGACUCCUCAAACCCGUUCUCGUCAACUUCUUGGUCGAACACCAACAAAACUUUAUAGUCCUUUUGGCAUAGAAUCUCCAAGACAUGCAUGGAAUAAAGAGAAUAAUGAAACACCAGUGCAUAGUCCUACAGAAACACGAUAUCUCCAAUGUAGACCUUUUCGUUUUUCGAGAGCCAAAGGAUUUUCUGUAUUAAGAUAAAAUCUUUUCAUUCUUUCUUUUAAC